CUCGGAACUCCAGCCCCACACGGAGUCCUGCCCCUUUGGAAGCUUGCCCUGUGAUUCUGAAGGGCAAAGAUUUACCAGCGGGAGCCGCGGAGCUGAAGCUGCUAUGCCCACUGAAAUCAGCCGGGCCGUGAAAAUGCACGCCAUCUCCGACCUGCACUCGUCUUUCAGCGUGCGGUUGCUCAACAAGGGGCCGGAGUACCUCCGCCGGCAGCUGGGGGCCGGCACCCCCGGCCGGAGGAGCGCGGCGGAGAGGCUGGCAGCCGAUAAGGCCAAGUAUGUGAAAAGUCAGCAGGUAAUCAGCACCAAGCAGGAGCCCGUCAUCGUGCUGAGCUCGGCCUCGGAGUGCAGCAGCGAGAGCUGCUCGGUGGAGAGCACCAAAACGAGCAGGGAUUUGGGCAGAGGGAAGGGCGCGAAACCGCUGGAGAGGGCGAAGGCGGGGUGCGCGUGGCGGGGCCCCCUGCAGCACGGCCCCCCCAUCGCCCGGCGCAGCACCCCCAGGAGGCAGGGCCGGCCCGACUCCCUGGUGAUCUACCGCCAGAAGUGCGAGCUGGGGAGAGGGCAGAGCCAGGACGGCUCGCGAGGCAGCUUGGUGAGGAGGUUCUUCCAGGGGCCCGGCAAGGAGAAGCAGUUGGCUUCCCCUGGGGUGCCCAGAGUCAUUAUGGAGGACGGCUCUGCCGCCGAGAGCAAAGAGCCUCACCCGGCUGAACUCGCUGUCUCUGAGCCUGGUGGCUGUGGAGCUGAGCAAGCUGUCCCGGUGGGCACCGAAGAGCCAGGAGUUUGUACAACAGAACGUGAGAAGCCCUCUACGUUGCCUGCACCUCCUGAAGAGGUCAAGGAGGUGAAGAGGAGAGGUCUCCAUCGCUCCCAGUCAGACAUCAGCUCUCGCUACUCCAAAUCUUUCUCUGAGUUUGACACCUUCUUCAAGUUCUGUGGCCUGGAACAGGAGGUCAUCGAGGAUUUGGGGAGAGAGAACUUCUCGGUGGUGUCCGACAACGUCUCCUUCAAGAUCCGCAGCAUCAGUGUGGCCACGUCCGAGAGCGAUUUCACACGGCAUAGCGGGGACGAGGGGCUGCUGGAGGAUGAGCUCACAGAGCAGGUCCCCAGCAGCACCUCGGUGAUCGAGCGCAAUGCCCGCAUCAUCAAGUGGCUGUACACCUGUAAGAAAGCCAAGGAGAGCAGCAAGGCAAUCCAGGAGCUGGCAUGAAGGCUUCCUGCUGCGUGUGCUGCAGCCUGGUGAAUGCAAGAAUCCUUGACUUGGAAAUUGAACAAGACCAGACACAGAAAGAAACUUUUCCUUCAUCUGGCUCGUGACUACUUUGUCCAAGUUCAGUGUUCUUGCCUCUUUCCCUUGCCUCGUCCCCUGGCAGCCUCACUCAUGUCACAGGCACAGAGAAAUCCAAGAGACUGACGACAACUGGAGAUCGUGAACUGUGCCGCAGAGAGGCAGCAGGAAAUGAAAAGUUCUGGGAUCACAAAGUGUGCCAUUAACAGGGAUAUCCAGCAUCAGGUCACUGCCCCAGGAUGUCACUCCAGGCUGUGGCAGAAGGUCCGUGUCAUGCGCCCAUCUCUUUCCAGUAAUGUUUGUGAGUAGGAAUGGGAGGAGAAGGUAGGAAUGAAGUGUCGAUGACCCUGGACAAGGCAUCGCCUUGCAGGCAAGCAGGCUCCACCCAGCUUUUCAAAGGCCCAGUCCCAUGAGGGCGUUUUGACAGGGGCUCAUCCUGGCAUCAUUAAAUGUUUCCCUGAUUGGUGAGGACUAACUGUGGAGGCUCGAUCUGGGAGAUUUGGCAAACACGCUGUAAGCUAAAUCUCUGUCGAGCUUCUCCUCUAAUGAUAUUCAAGCCACAUUGUACUGCCUUGUGUCUGUCUAGUUUGCUCUGUCUUAUACUGUGCUCAACCAGUGGGGAGGAAUAGCUUUUAAAACUGAAAUCUUUUAAAUGGCACAGUUCCAAGAAACAGGUAAUAAAAAAAUAGGGUUGCCUUGCUGCACAAUGGUCUAAUUCACAUUUAUGCAGGAUCCUCCACUGUGCUUGCAACAUCUCUGACUACCUGAGAGGGCUUCAUUGCAGUGUUUUGCAGUUCAUGGCUCAACACCUUGCAUUUUAUGCACCAUGAGUGAGCAGUUGGCUUGUAGAAUUGUACUGGGAAACUAUACCAGGCUAUGCAAGAUCAAACUUCCCUAGUGUGGGUCUGGAGUGGUGUUGUGCUUGGGGUGGAGAGGCUGGCAUCCCUGCACCAUGGGCCAGAGGACCUGUUAGGGGCUGUGCCAGAUUGAUGUCCUACUGGGAUUAGAUCCAGUGUACACAGCACCUCGCUCAAUAUUAUCAGUAGAAUGCUUCAUUUAAACUGGCCAAAUGAAACAUGCUUCAAAAGUGCUUUGGAUAACUCAUGUAGUGAGUGGGAUCUCUACAAUAACUUAUGAGCCUCGCUGGCCAUGCCCCAGGUACUCAGUCUGUCAUUACUUACUAGAGAGUGUCUGAGACCAAAGUAUUUAUUUGGAUGUUAAAAAAUACACAAAAAGAUGUGAAAUAAACAAAACAAUCAAAGACAUUCCUCUUUUGGUCAUAUCAAGGCCAACCAGCAACAGCUGUGCAUCCAGGAUUCCAGCUGGGCCUCCUGCAGAGGUUAGCCAUGAGCUCUGUGUUGCCAUGUGCCUGGCUUUCUGCUUGCAGUGCUGGCCUUCAGCAGGCUCUCAGACCUCGGAUGUGGGAAGUCCAGAAGAAGGAGCUUUCAUUCUCCACAUUCCUGGUUGGUCACACAGACCUCUUUGGGCCUCUUCUGGCUCAAAACAGCCGCCAGUGCGGCCAAGUGGAAGCAGGACUCAAAUGAGCACUUGGGCUGCAUUUUUAAAGUGUUUGUUGCUCUUGAUAAAUAAACCCAUUGGAGUGGAAAAGGCAGAGUAGAGUAGUGGCACUCUUAGAAAAUGCCUAUAGUGGGAGGCCCAGUUUCCCAUUGGAACAUACACAGAUGUGGCAUCCUGAUAGAGUUGCCCUUGAAGCACUCAUUGAGUGCUGCAGUUGGCAGCAGUUAAAUUCAUGGCAAGAUGGCCGGGUUGCAUUUCCCUAUGUCUAAAAUAUGCUUGUCAGUCACUGGAAGGGUAGUUUGAAUUGCAACAACUGUUUGAGAAUGCAGGGCAUUUGCCUUCAUUUCCUAGUGUCACAUACUAAGGUCUACGUGUCUGAAAUUGUCUAGGUAGGUAGAUAACACUUCUCGAUAAAAUAAUUGUUGAACCUGUUUCAAAAUUAAGAGAAAACCAAAUAGUUUGCAUGAGUGAACCUCUGCCAACUUAGAGGGAAGCUUGUAUGUGGAGAUAUCUUUGUUAAAUAAUGAAAAUUCCAUGUGCAUUUAUUACAUUUUUUCAGCAGGAUAAUUCUUAGAAAACUACAACUCAAGAUGCUGCUAAUAUGAUUUAUGCAAUUAAGGUGCAGUUUUUAAAGGUACAGAGACUUGGUUUAUUAGUCAGGAGCGCAACCUACUGUGUCUGUUGUUUUCAUGCUCACUGUGUGAGGUACUGUAUUAUACAAGUAUUUAAGUGCUUUUGUCAGAGGCCAAUGACUACUUUUCUUUGCAAAUAUGAAUUGACUGCAGACAGUUCAGAGUCCGGGAGAAGUUGUUUGUGUUACAAGUCAGUGCUCCACUGUGAUACCAGAGAAUUGUUUUGUUUUGUAUCUGGGGAAGAUUUUUUGUUUCGUUUUCAAGCUUCCAUUUGUUUUGGCUUCUUAAGUUGAGCAGCUUUCAACUUUCAAGUUGAGAUGAUAAUGCUAGGGGGAAGAAAGGGGAAGAUGCAUUGGUAGUGUGUUUUCAGUGGUAGAAAGGAGUAUGUUUAAUUGACUUGAAAGUAAUGAACACCAGCCUUUGUUAAAGACACUGAACAUUUUAUGACAGAGAUUAUUGAAAGCAGAACUGGAAUAUUUUUAAAUCCCCUCUAUUAUCUUUUUCAACAGUGUACGUGAUUGUGGUGACAUUCUGCACUGAUGUAUGGCAAAAUUUCCCUGAUUUUGUUCAAGUUUUGGUAGGAGCUCUGAAUGCUCAUGGCAUCAUCAAGAUGUGGACCUAAGACCAUCCCCUGAUAAGCUUUAUAUUCAUUUGUUUAAAAAUAUAUUCUGGUUAAGCUAAUAACCUACUUUUCCCAGUAUGCCAGGAAAGGCAGUAGAUGACAAUCCUUUUUCUGUAUCUCUAGAGGAUGGAUGAUUUGCUUAUUUGCUUAUUCGAAAGCUCAGUACUUCACUCAGCUCCUGUUAUUGUUACACACUCUGACUUUUCCUUUCUUCUAUGCUUCAGUCAUAUCUCUCAAAAUAAGAGAAGUUUACUAGUGUUAGUCACUGCCUGUCUUUCCCCAAAAGAUUUUCUCAAGGUGCUUUUACUACUUCAUUAUAAAAGACUUGACUUGGAAGAGGUGGGGUUUUUUUCAGCUUUAGUGCUAAACUGAGGUUAAAACAGGCUGCUGAGGUAAAGCAGACACUUCAGCAGUGGAAUUGGAUUGCCAUUCUUUUGGGAAGCCUCAGAGUGAGGCAGAGGGCAAAGACAAGUCAUAAAUUGAAUGAUUGUGUUGAACUAUGUAAAAUAAGAUAGUCAAAUGGAGUUUUACACCCAAGUGUUUCAAAGUGCUCCAACCCCGUGGCAUGGGGCAAUGUCUGCAGCUGUAACAUAACAUGUGAAAGGUACAAAGUCCAAUUUUUAUUGCCUAGAAGCUAUUAUUUGCAAUGAAGACAUAGAGACUGUAAGCCUUGCAAUAUAUUGUAAAUAUUACUGUACAGAAAUCUAUAAGUUACAAAUAAAGAUUGUUCUAUAAUAUGCAGAUUACUUUUCUAAAGGAAGUAAAUCCUCGUGUUUGAUGAAAUCAGACAAACAUGCAUUGAUGGGCGUUAAGCAGAAACUUUGUCCUGGAAGAAGGCUGUCCUGUCAUUGCUUCCUGUGAAGUUUCUUACAUCUUUUGAAGCCUGUAAAAUGGAGUACUGGUCAGAUCUGCUGUGCAGCUUUCAAAGUUGUUGUAUUUAUAUAUCCAUAUAAAAAGAUGUGUUUACUACUGAGUGCAUACAAAUAAAAAUACGACACUGA